ACUGGGACAGAGCGCGAAAGAGCUCACGACGGUUUUACCAUUUCAGUUUCACUCAGACCCGGCCUGAAAUCGCGCGUGUCCACGCCGAUACUCGAUCCCGCAGCCUCGUGUGCCUGAAUUUAACCGACCGUACGAACAAGCUCGGCGCGUCCACCGCGCGGCGAUUAACAGAAAAUCGGUGUAACCCAGUGAUUUCCCAACGGAAGCCGCAAGUUGCGUGCGUGGUUCGCUGCACGGUGUCGCGUAUCAUCGACGAAAGAAGUUUCUAUCCACCGGGCGACGACGAAAGGGCAGCUGCGACAUACGGAGCGCCGUGAAUCGAGAGAUAAAGCAGAAUGGGAUACGGGACGGAGAUGGACGGCUGCGGCCGCUGUAUGAAGUAUUCCCUGUUUUUCGUCAACUUCGUGAUCUUUUUUGGAGGAGUUGCAAUAGUUGGAUUGGCGGUAUGGGCGCUGUUGGACAAGGUGCCAUGGAUCGGCGAACUCGUGGGUAACGAUUUGCUAACAGGCGCGAUCUACGUUCUGCUGGCCGGCGGAGUGAUCGUCGCCAUGAUAUCGUUUUUCGGUUGCAUCGGAGCGUCGCGAGAAGUCAAGUGCAUGCUUCUCACGUACUUUAUCAUCGUGUUCCUGUUGUUCGUGACGAUGCUAAUUGGUGGUGUGCUCGCGUACGUGUUCCGUGAGAAAUUGGUGAACACGCUCCAGAGGGAAAUGUCGAGUUCGAUGAGAGUCUACGAUAGUCGCAAAGCAGUCAGAGACGCCUGGGACACGACGCAAUCCACGCUUCACUGCUGCGGCGUAACUGGCUGGAGAGAUUGGAGUGGUCUGGGGCUGGACCUGCCGCAGAGUUGCUGUCGCGAGAUCCAACCUGGCCAGCGAUUCAACUGCAACGCCGGACCAGACACCGUGAAUCCCUCGAAUGCCUAUCUCGAAGGUUGCAUCAAUGGGACGCAAAUUUACAUGCAAAAGCACGCGUCGAUCAUGGGCGGCGCCGGCAUCGCAGUCGCGUGCCUGAUGUUCUUCGGGAUGAUAUUCUCCUGCGCGCUCUUCAAGAUGAUAGAAUGACGCGGGGGUCUCGCGAUCUAAAAAACACCAGCGUUCUUCGCGACAAGCUAAUGAAGAGUAAGCGGAUGACAGCCGUUCUCGAGCGACUCGCAUGAAUUCAUAAUCAACGUCAUCGUCAUUGAGUGUACCUAUCCGAAGUACCGAGAAUCAAAAUGCAUCUCCACGCGCAUCUUCUUUCCCAUGUACAGUCCUCAUCAUUUUGUUACAUUUACCAUUACUUAAUGUAUCUUUAUUUACCGUUUCUCUCUCUCUCUCCCUCUUUUUUUGUAAUGUAUAGUAAUAUGUUAAACCGUUCUCGUUUAAUUCUAUAUUGUACUAUAUUCUUACGAUAACAAAUUAUGUACCUUGUACGCGUAAUAAAUACAACGUGUAUAAAAGUAUCCCGCCGGGGAGGAAAAACGAUCCGUGGAGUCCGCCGUUUCAGUUCCAAGGGAGUCCUUUGUCCUUGGAACCUCGUCUGUCUGGGAACAGUCUCUGAAUUCUACCUAAAUCGAUACUUUUUAAUACACGACUGGCCAUCGUCUCUCCUUCCUCGUUUUCUACAUUAUUCAUCGCUCGGUGAUUUUCUACCUUUGAGAUACCCUUUACCCGUGUCUAGUAAACGAAAUGGCGGACAUUCUCUCUCUCUCUUUCUGUACAAAGGUCCUGUGUGGGGACUUUUCCGUUCUCCGUGCCAAUCGAUCGCUUAACGAAUGGAAAUCCACCGCGAUAACGAGAGGUUUAUCGAAUUUCAGCGUCUGGCACGAGUGUUUGUACUUCCUCGACAGAUAUCCAAUCGCGCUCUUUAAUUUCGUUAGCGGGACGCGAGUGCUUCAGGACUCGUUCCCCGUACGAUUACACGCCGAAAAUUCUAUUCAAACGACCCUUUUGCAUUCGACGUAAUCCCGCCUGUCCAACGACGAGACAGGCUUGCACGGAACGAUUUGUUAUCGGUG